UACAUUUUAAAAUAAAAUAAUUUUAUUUGAAAACUGAAAUUACCAGUCAGAAAAACAUCAAAAGUAUGUCCCAUAGUCAUUUUUUAACCAAAGAAAACUUCCCUAGCUUUUGUAAGAAGUUGUCUGAACUUGAGUGGACAAUGGAUUCAACAUGUACAGAAAAACCUGAAUCUUCAUCUCCUGCUUAUUCUUUUUUGCCAACGGCCCGGAAUGUACCUAAAACUGAUUAUCAUCCUAAAGAAUCUUAUCAACGUUUUUUAAUUGAUUCUAAUGAAGACAACACUUUAAUUGAAAAAUAUCUUAAACAAGAAUGUGACACUUAUAAGUUGUUUAGUGGUCCACCCAUUAAUCCUCCGUUAUUUACUGAUGAAGGACGUGGUUCUAGUAUUGAAGAUUCUCCAAAAUCAUUUUCAUAUUUUUCAAAAACAAAUUGCUCUUACAUGGAUAAAAGUAUUUGGGCACAAGAUUCUGGUAAUGAUAGCUGGCCUGAUGCUUUUUUGCCACUGGAUAUUAAAGAAGAAACCACAUGGAAAGAAUUGAAUACUGAUACCAAAAAGGAGCCAAUGUCAUGGGCAGUUAUUCAGCGUCCAGCCAAAGAAGAUAAAUUCAAACCCAUUAAUCAAUUGGUCGAUGCUGGUGCAGCAGUUUUUCCAGAUGGCUCACAAUUUGAAAUCGAUCUAUCUUAUGAAGCAUUUGACGCUGUUGAAGUUGAAGGGAAAUUAUACAUUGGUAAAGAUGAAUUUAGACGGACAGAUGAUGGAUUGUUGUAUAAAGUCUGUAAUCAAGAUAAAGGUACUCAAACAGAUAAUUGGGACGAUGAUGAAAAUGUUUUAGUAACACGUACUGCUAGACGACAUUACCAUUUUCCAAUAUUCCAGAAUUGGCACACAUCUCAAUCAGGCGAUAAUCAAGAUCUGCUUAGUGACUUUUGUAAUCCACAACGUGCACGUGAAGUCAGAGGUAUCAUAGAUGAUAGACCUCAAAUGAUAGAUAUGCUUCGUAACAUUAUGGGUAUGCAACAUAUAUGGGAUAAGCCAACUUUGUACAAUGAAAUUGAUGCUUAUCCAGAACAAAACUUGUACAUACCAACAACAUGCAAUGAACUGGCUGCUACCUACACAAUAUUGCAGUCAGAUAGUGGUUCAGAAAGUUCAGAUGAUAUAGACAAUAAUUGUGGUACACUAUUCCGUUAUUCGCGAACUUAAAAAAGGCAUAAUUAAUUUUGGAAAUUGCAAGAUUAAAUCAACACUGUUAUAUUUUGUUUUGCCGUGCACCGUUUGUGUUUUUUGUCGAGACAUAUUAGACUCAUUAAGGUUAGGUUAUACAUAUUUUUUCUUUGGGACAAAAAACUAUAAUAUUUUAAAUUUGUAUGAUCUAUAACAUAUAGUUUUGGUCAGUAAGUUAUUUGUUUAAAAUUGUAUUUAAAAACAAAAUAAAAAAAAGAACAAAACGUCAAAAACCCUUAAAAAAA